UGACCACAAGCUGAUCAACACACAGGCACUGAGUGCCGAACGUGCCAUGCAAAGUUCCAGAAUUCAGAGGAGUUGCUCGAACACCGACAGGAACUUCAUGCCAACGAUCCCAUGUUGGAAUGUGAUGUUUGCAAGGCCAGAUAUCCUACGCCAGCGGCGCUGAGAACUCACCAACGCUACCACGACAAGGUCAUCCUCUACAACUGUCCAAACUGUCCGGAAGCUUUCAAUUCCCAGCUGUUGUUGGAUCGACACCUGAAAGUCGACCACAAGGAUAAGAAGAACCACAUCUGCGAUCUGUGUGGCAAAGGAUAUCCAACCAAAAGGCAAAUUGCCGCACAUUUGAUACGACACAAAAAUCCCAAUAGAAGUCAGUCCGAACCUCCCGGAUGCCACAUUUGCGACAUGUGCGGCAAGGAGUUCCGAUUCCGCAUGACCUUGAAGCGCCACGUGUUCAACACGCACACCAACCAGAACACCUUCAAGUGUGAUCAGUGCGAUAAGGUGCUGGCCUCGGCGGAAGGCCUAAAGCUGCACCAGCGGUCCCAUUCCGAUGAUCAGUCAAUAAUGUGCGAACUGUGUGGCCGAUCCUUCCUGCAACCUUACCGGCUGAAAGUCCACAUGGAGAGUCACAUGCGAGAAGGAAACGAUUACCGCUGCCACAUCUGCAGCCGAACGUGCCGCGAUCCCCAAAAGCUUGAAAUCCACAUGAAGCUGCACACUGGCGAGACGCAAUUCCAUUGCACCCAGUGCCAGAGAUACUUUGUCACCAAACGGCACUACAAGCUGCACAUGCAACGGAUCCACGAGACGGAAGUCAAGUGUCUACGCUGCGACAAGAUAUUCCCCACGCCGAAGAAAAUGAGGCUGCACAUCAAGAUACACGACUUCCCGGACUAUCUCGAGUGCCCCAAGUGUUACACGUGUGUCAAGGACAAGAAGACGAUGGCUCGCCACAUGAAACAGCACGAGAACGAAGGCGUCCGGGUUCCCUGCCAGUACUGUCCGCUGACGUUCGCGACGAAGAAAACCCGGAGGAAACACGAACGCCACAUGCACAGCGAUGAGGUGGUCCAGAUGGUCGGGCACCAAAUGGUGGACGAAGAGGAGGAGGGAGCCGAGGACUAUGAAGAUGAGGACGAAGACAUGUUGGCUGGUGUUGGGGAGCGCGAGGAUGAAGUAAGCGUCGGGUAAGUAUAGGUGUGUGGUUAAUGUGAACAAGCGUAUUGUGUUUUGCAUGAGA